CCGCCUUUUCCUUUCAGCUAUUUUUUAAAGCGGUUGGUUGCUUUCCUCUUGUCAGUCAGAGGACGGGGCCUCACAAUUGGCGUGCGGUUGCCUUCUGACUUUGUUUCGCCGGGUCACUACGGGUCAACUUGUUGACUGAGAGAGUACCUCGAAAUUUUAGGUGGAAGAUGUGGGAAAGUACCUUCGCGGAGCGUAGCGACAGAAGGGAGAAGCAGGUUUCUGGUGCUGAAGUCAUCGCCCAGGCCCUGAAAACCCAAGAUGUGGCGUACAUGUUUGGCAUCGUGGGCAUCCCAGUGACCGAAAUCGCCGUUGCGGCGCAGAAGCUGGGCAUCACAUAUGUCGGGAUGAGGAAUGAGCAAGCCGCUUGUUAUGCUGCUUCUGCGAUUGGAUAUCUGACAGGCAGGCCAGGCGUAUGCCUUGUUGUUUCUGGCCCAGGUCUCAUCCACGCUUUGGGUGGUAUGGCAAAUGCAAACAUGAACUGUUGGCCCUUGAUUGUGAUUGGUGGUUCUUCUGAAAGAAGGCAGGAAAUGAUGGGAGCCUUCCAGGAGUUUCCACAGGUUGAAGCUUGUAGAUUAUAUAGCAAGUUCUCUGCCCGGCCGAGCAGCAUAGAAAAUAUUCCCUCUAUUAUCGAAAAGGCAGUGAGAAGCAGUAUUUAUGGUCGUCCAGGUCCUUGUUAUGUUGACAUACCUGCAGAUUUUGUGAACUUGCAAGUGAAUGUGAAUUCUGUAAAGUAUGUGGAGUGCUGCAUGCCACCUCCUGUUAGUAUGGCAGAAACCUCUGCUGUGUACAUGGCCGCAUCUGUUAUUAGAAAUGCCAGACAGCCCCUUCUUAUCAUCGGGAAAGGUGCUGCUUAUGCCCAUGCAGAGGAGGCCCUCAGGAAAUUGGUGGAGCAAUGUAAAUUGCCAUUUCUGCCCACCCCCAUGGGAAAGGGCGUUAUCCCUGAUAACCAUCCAAACUGUGUGGGUGCUGCCAGAUCCAGGGCUUUGCAGUUUGCUGAUGUAAUCGUAUUAUUUGGUGCCAGAUUAAAUUGGAUUUUGCACUUCGGACUGCCCCCAAGGUAUCAGCCAGAUGUGAAGUUUAUCCAGGUUGAUAUCUGUGCAGAAGAAUUGGGGAAUAAUGUAAAGCCUGCUGUGACUUUGCUAGGAGACAUAAAUGCUAUCGCUAAACAGCUUUUAGAACAAUUUGAUAAAACACCAUGGCAGUAUCCUCCAGAGAGCAGCUGGUGGCAAACUCUGAGAGAAAAAAUGAAAAUCAAUGAAGCUGCUUCCAAGGAAUUAGCUUCCCAAAAAUCCCUGCCUAUGAAUUAUUACACAGUAUUCUACCAUGUUCAAGAACAACUACCCAGAGACUGUUUUGUGGUAAGCGAAGGAGCAAAUACUAUGGAUAUUGGACGCACUGUGAUUCAGAACUACCUUCCUCGUCACAGGCUCGAUGCUGGUACUUUUGGAACAAUGGGAGUUGGUUUGGGAUUUGCCAUUGCAGCUGCUAUAGUGGCUAAAGAUAGAAACCCAGGGCAACGUGUCAUCUGUGUGGAGGGAGACAGUGCAUUUGGGUUUUCUGGCAUGGAGGUGGAAACCGUCUGCAGGUACAACUUGCCCAUUGUACUUUUGGUGGUGAAUAAUAAUGGAAUUUACCAAGGUUUUGAUGCAGAUUCUUGGAAGGAAAUGUUAAAAUUUGGAGAUGCUACUGCAGUGGCUCCUCCAUUCUGUCUUCUACCAAACUCACAUUAUGAGCAGGUUAUGACUGCUUUUGGAGGCAAAGGGUAUUUUGUACAAACACCAGAAGAACUCCAAAAAUCACUGAAGCAGAGCUUGGCAGACACAACUAAACCUUCUCUUAUCAAUAUCAUGAUUGAGCCGCAAGCCGCACGGAAGACCCAGGUAAAUUCAGUUGCUAAGCAGAAAUCAGAAAUGCAUCUUCCAUCCUAUCCCCAGAAGUAUCUAGCAAAUAGAACACUCUGUUCAGAGUUCUGUCUAAACCAUUUCUGA